AUGUUCGAGACCACGCUGACCCUGCCGCGCACCAGUGUGCUCACGGAACCGUUGGGCAGCGCCGGAACCGGGACUGGGCCCUCCACCUCAGUGGCCGUUCAGACGAGCAAACGGCGACGCCGGCGACGGAACAAGCGACGUCGCAAAUCCUCGCUGUCCAGCAGUACCGAUGCUCCAUCGUCCCGCACCUACGAUCCCGUGAUGACGGGCAGUACUUUGCGCUCGGCGGCAGCGGCGGUGGCGGCGGCAUCGGUGGGGGGCGCUGGCGUGGGCGUGGGCGUGGCAACGGGGACGGGACCAGUGCGUCGGGGGACUCGGCGCAGGAGCGGAGUCAGUUCAUCUUCAUCGGCACGACAGGAGGAGGAGGCGGCGGUGGAAAUCUUGAGCGGCAGCAGCAGCCCAUCGAUGUUCGUCGAUCCGCAGGACUUCUUCGAGACGCUCGACUAAAUCUAGAUUAUUUACAAUUCGUAGUAGGUUAAAUUUUGUUGUUACUUUCGUUCUCAUUUUUUAUCCGCGCGCCAAACCGGCUUCCGUGCGCCCAUUUCAAAAUAAUUGACCGACCUUCUUUUAACUGUUCGAUUAUGCUAAAGAUGCGAUGCGGCCUUUGAUUUAGCGUGAUUUUGAAUAACUUUUAACGUAUAUAUUUUAUAUAGCCUCUGUAAGCAUAAAGUGUGUAAUAUUAUGAUGUAUAAUUAAAUUUUGCGAACUGUGCUGCGACACGACCCUUGAAACUGAUUUAGUUUUUUGUUUUUCGCUUCCACCGCCCGAACACAAAACACACUCACACACACAAAACACACGCAUACACUUCACAAAAAUAUAAUCUAGAAACGAUAUUGAAGUGUACUAGCUUAGUGCAAAAACCAACCAUGUUCAACCAUCUACUUAGCAAGUUAAUAGUGAACCGAAACCCAUAGUUGAUUGGUAUAAACCAACGUAGACACUCCGCGUUCAAAUUUUCCCGUGUUUUCGGCGAUUUUCGAAGGAUUUCGCCGUCAUCAUGUGUAUUGUGGCAAGACUAAGCAAAAGCAAAUGAACAUUUUAAGUGUAAAAUUUCGCUAUAGUGAUAAGCAUAUUAAAAAUUAAUCUAUAUAUACAAGAUUGGUCAUACACACAUACGGCAAGCAUGAAUACAAUUUAACUGGAUAAUCGUUUAAAUAUAUUGUAUGGAUGUGUAUUUCAGGAAAAA